AUGAGACCUCAAACACAGGCUGUGAAUGUCUUGGAGAAGACUUCUGAAUACUUAAGAGCAGGCUUACUUAAGAAACAACCAGCAUGGUAUCAUGUUGUUGGUGCCAACCCACCCGUUAAAAAUUUCAUUCGUAAACCAAGAUUAGAGAACCCAUCAGAUGAACAAUCUAUACCAAAGCCAGCUAAAGGUGAAAAACUAUUUAAAAACGGGAAAUUGUACGAAACAAGAGUGAAGGAAACAAGAAAAGAUAUAUAUAAUAUUCCAAAACUUAAGUUUGUGGAAGAUCAGCUAAGAUCAUUAUUUUAUGAACAACAUCCUUGGGAAUUAUCAAGACCAAGAAUCUUAUUAGAAAAUGGUGGUGACGAUGCUAAAAACCAAGACUGGUCAUCUAUCAUACAAUAUAACAAACCAUUGGACGGUGAAAGUGUUGUUCAAAGAUCCAUAUACUUGAUGAACCAAAAUAAAAACAACGAAAGUUAUAAAUUGCUCGAUGCUUAUGAAACUGCUAGAUUCGAAUUUUAUAGAGUAAGAAUCGAACAAGAAAUGGAAGAGCAAGUUAGUAAAGAAGAAAAUGAGAUGUUUGGUGCCGGUUACAGAUUAUCACCAAUAGAACAUGGUGUUGAAGAAGAACAAAAAUUCAUCGAUGACUGGAAGGCUAAGGCUGUUGAAGCUACUCAAAUGGUCGAAGCU